CACGUUCCGAGACGGACGUGAAAGUGCGAAUCGGCUUAUUAACUUUGAUUAAUAAAUCCCGCGCGAUAAUUUCGAUAACCGACAUGCAUCGCUUCACGUUGCGACGCGUUACAUCACGUGACGUCACGUUCACAUUACGCUCGUCGAAUCAGCUGAUCGUCAAGACGCGUGCGAUUCAUGACGCAAGUGCAUCGAAUCGGGAGUAUCGUGCGAACUUUCGGAUUAAUUGAAAGAUAGGUGACAGUAAUUAACUAUUCGAAUCUAUCGAGUGUCGCGCAUUUAAUUGACAUUUCGUCUUAUUUACUCGUAAUAGUAUCGCGAAAGCGUUGUACGCGGGUUAGAUUAGUGUACAUGUAUAUGUGUGUGUAUGUUCUUCCUCGAUCAACUUACAUCCACGUCGGUGAAUAUCCAGGACAACGGAGAGAGCAACGGCGAUGCAUCGACCGUGGUAAUGCACAAGGAUAAGGAGGAGAAUUCACACCACGACUCGCACUACAGGGCGAGAGAGCUGGCAGCGCUCGCUGCUUACGACCAUCAUCACCUCGACGGCGAAAUGUUCCUACAGGCACUGAACGGGUUCCUGCUAAUAUUGACUUGCGACGGGGAAGUGUUUUUCGCUACCCACAGCAUAGAGAGUUACCUAGGCUUCCACCAGUCUGACAUCGUCCAUCAGAGUGUCUACGAACUGGUGCAUAGCGAGGACCGGGAGGAAUUACAGCGGCAAUUAAUGUGGAAUUCUUUCCUGCCUGCCGAAAGUGCAAGCCUGCCGUUGCACGACGCACUCUCGCCCCAGCAUUGUCACCUGCUCGAGCGCAGCUUCACGGUUCGCUUCCGUUGUCUUUUGGACAAUACAUCCGGUUUUCUGCGUCUCGACAUUAGGGGCCGAGUUAAAGUACUUCAUGGCCAAAACCGGAAGACGGAAGAGCCACCGUUGGCCUUGUUUGCCCUGUGCACACCGUUCGGGCCUCCUUCACUUCUAGAAGUACCACAGAAAGAAGUAAUGUUCAAAAGCAAGCACAAAUUGGAUCUCGCGCUUGUGACGAUGGAUCAAAGAGGAAAGAUGCUGUUAGGCUAUUCUGACGCGGAAUUAACGAAUCUGGGUGGCUACGAUCUAGUCCAUUACGACGACUUGGCCUACGUCGCUAGCGCGCAUCAAGAAUUAUUAAAAACUGGGGCAUCAGGUAUGAUAGCCUACAGAUUUCAAACGAAGGACGGCGGAUGGCAAUGGCUACAGACUAGCUCUAGAUUGGUCUACAAAAAUUCGAAACCAGACUUUGUACUUAGUACUCAUCGACCUCUCAUGGAAGAAGAAGGUCGAGAUUUGCUCGGCAAACGUACGAUGGACUUCAAAGUGAGUUAUUUAGACGCCGGAUUGACAAAUAGCUAUUUCUCGGAUAGUGACAGUUUAACAGGAUCAGUUAUGACGCCGACGCUACCGGCGCAGCCGGCGCCUCAGAAGGUGAACAGACGAUACAAGACGCAUUUGCGAGAUUUUCUUUCGACAUGCCGAAGCAAACGUAGCAAACUCUCCGCUCAGUCGUCGGUCUCGCCACCGGUGACUCCCACAGUUGCGUCCGUAGAUUAUCUUGCGCCGGACACUAGCGCAGCAGCCGCAGUUGCAGCGGCCUACAAUUUAAAUACCAUGUACCCGACGCCGUACGCGCCCACGGCAGUGGCGGCUAGUACCGAUCCUUCCUUAACGACUUACAUCGGCCACACGGGCAACUAUCAUCAAACCCUCUAUCCAGCGACUGCUUUAGAUAACAGGUAUCUCACGGCUGCCACAGAAAAUCUAUUCCAAUAUAGGCCGCUGAGCUCAUAUUAUCCAGAGUAUCACACCGGCACUACGUACAACGGCUUCAUCGACGUAUCGCUGCCCACAUAUGAGACUCAUCAACUGACUAGCAAGACAGAAGAGAAGCUCUACUGUCAACAACUAGGCAGUAACGAAUCGCCCAAAUAUAGCUACGUGGAAACAAGACAUCCCGGUAGCGUUAGCGGUUCACCAUACGCUGCUAGUCCGGUAGCGAGCGCAUCUACGAUGCAUCCAGCGACGACCGACAUGAAUGUUGUGCGCGCCGGAAGCAGGCAUUCACUAGAAGGUGGCGCAUCGUCCAGCAAUUCCGCUGGCAGUUCACCGGUGACCGGCGCAGCCAACGGUAUGCUGACACCGAAGAUAGAGGAUGUAAAGCCCGAAGUAUACGGCAACGAGGCGCCACGGCAGACUGUGCUAAUGUGGGGUGCGCCGCCAUCGCGCACACCACCCAGAAACAACGGUAGUUACAGCCCUCCGACGCCACACUCGACUCAUUCUUCCACGCACUCGACCAACGCCACUGGCGAUCCGCUCAAAUCGCUGGCAGAGAUGAACUCCAUGAAUGGAGAUUGCAAAUGGCGGCAAACCUCCCCUACGGAUCAACAAGUGACCGCAUCGAGCCCGCCGAGAAAUAACAAAACGCAACAAUCUCAACAGCAGCAACAUCAUCAUCAGCCGCAGCAACAUCAACAAUACCCGGUGACCACAUCUCAGUAUCAAGCGGCUGCAGCUGCCGCUGCGGCAGCCGCCAGCACCAUUGGUUACACGCACUCUCAUCCAAGUCAUGGCGGGCACGGAGAAGCGGGCUCCGAGGUAUGGCAAGGAGUGCAACACCACCAUCACUACCAGUACUAUCCUUACCACCAUCACCACCCCGCACCACCAAGGCACACGCCCCACACGCCACCGUCAGUUGCGGGAACGGGGACGGGGGUGGGAACAGGCAUGGGCAUGGGCACCGCGGUGGACAACAACACCAACAACAGCAACAACGUCUUAUACCACCCUCCGCACCACCACCACGUGGUGGCAUCAUCAGCGGCAGCAGCGGCAGCGGGAAUGGGCCCGCCUGUUCCACAGAUUCCAAACCGGACGCCGGGAGUCCUCUGUUGUCCAUCUCUGAGGUGACUAACACCCUGCUCAACCAAUAGUCCCUUUAUAACUUCGGCGUCGCUUUAUAUCAGUGAUGAAGGUAUCUCUGAAAAGAUAUCUUCACCGAAGCGGAUUCCAAAACGCGUCACUGUAUCAUACAGGUAAUGUCGAUUACAUGAAUUAAGAGUAUUCUUACUAAGAAUAUUCUAUUAGUACUGUAGCAUACUCAUUACAAAAGUAAUAACCAGUCUACUAUUACAUAAUAUUUUUAUUGCAUUGAUUUAUCCGAUACCGAUAUGUUAAGUGGAUAUUCUUCAGGAUUCAUAGUUUGAGUCUGCAUGCACACUGAUUGUAAUCUGGUGUACGUAAGGGGCAGCGAUCAUAUAAGGCAAGUGUCUUACAAUUUCAUUUAUUCGCAAUUAUAGAAUACAGCAGUUGCUCGAUGAGUAGCAAUAGCGUUUCAUUGCAGAAUGAAUAGAGAAACCGAUUAAUUUCAAAGCAACUUCG